AGAAACUGGCUGUCAUUCCAAGGCCAAGGAAGCAAACCAUGGGGUACCAGAAAUCAGGGAUCUGGGUAUGGUUGGCCUUGACACUAUCCAUCUCAAAUGCCUAUGACAUAAUUCCAGGUAGACCCAUCGACCACACUAAGUCUAUCUGCAGCUCAUGGGGCAACUUCCAUUACAAGACAUUUGAUGGAGUGAUCUAUCAGUUUCCUGGCACCUGCAACUAUAAUUUGGCUUCAGACUGUGGGGACUCCUACCAUGAAUUUUCUGUCCACAUCCAACGAGACACUGAGGAUGGUAUCCCAGUCAUUCACCAAAUCCUUAUUCAAAUCAAGGAUGUGACCAUUGAACUGAAGAGAGAUGGCCAGAAGGUGAAUGGGGCCAUUUUUGAGAUGCCUUACUUCAGCUAUGGAAUUCUCAUAAACCAGAAUUCUGGCUACACAAAAGUGAACACAAAGAUUGGUCUGACCCUUACAUGGAACCAAGAAGAUUCAGUUACGUUGGAGCUGGAUGCCAGUUAUAAUGACAAACUGUGUGGACUCUGUGGCGACUACAAUGGCAUGCCAAUCAGUGAUGAAUUCUAUCUGAAUGAAAUGGCACUCACCCCUAUCCAAUUUGGAAACAUGCAAAACAUCAACGAUCCUACCGUUACCUGCACAAACGUAGAUGAGAGCCAGCAAAUGAAUGUUUCCAGUUGUAAGCAAUAUUACUCUGUGUGCAAGAGUUACCUCAGCCAAAGUGCCUUUUCCUCAUGCCAAGAUCUUCUUGAUGUAACAGAUUACGUUAUGGCCUGCAUGCUCGAUGUGUGCUCCUGUAGCAGUGCCGAUGUCUCCUGUCUAUGCAGUACAUUAACUGAGUUUUCAAGGCAAUGCACUCAUGCAGGAGGGAGCCCACAGAACUGGAGAACUGAUUCUCUCUGUCCUAAGCAGUGCCCUGGGAACAUGGUAUACCAGGAGAGUGGUUCCCCAUGCAUAAGUACAUGCUCUCAUCGUGAAGUAACAAGCCUUUGUGAGGAACAUGAGAUAGAUGGCUGCUUCUGUCCUGACGGCUCGGUGUGGGAUGAUUACACUAACACAGGCUGCAUAGCAACAAGCGACUGUUCUUGCAAGUUUCAAAAUCAGUUUUAUGCUCCUGGAGCAAAGGUUGUAAAUGAAUGCGAUGAAUGCUACUGUAAUGCAGGAAAAUGGGUCUGCGCAGGUGGAACGUGCCCCAAAGUUUGUUCCAUUGAAGGAGGAGCUCAUUUCCAAACAUUUGAUGGGAAGCUGUACAAUUUCCAUGGCAGCUGUUACUAUUUGCUAUCUAAGAUCAGCUUAAAUAGCAACGAGAGCCACAUAAUUGCAGCUGAGCUGACUCCAUGCAAUGCUUAUUCACGUGAGACCUGUCUAAAGACCAUCAAGUACUACAUGGAUGACAAGAAUGUUUUGUCCAUCAGAGCUGAUGGAUCUGUUUUAUUAAAUGAUCUCCAAGUAAGCCUCCCUCAUGUUACAGGAAGUUUUUCAGUUGUACAGCCCUCUGACACAUUUGUCAUUGUGGAGACCGACUUUGAUUUACAAUUGCAAAUCCAGUUCCUACCAUUGAUGCAGGUGUAUAUUACCAUGGAUAAUACUGAAGAGAAUAUAUUUGAAGGUCUUUGUGGUAACUUUAAUUACGUGGAAGGAGAUGACUUCACAACAUCUGGAGGUAUAGAUGAAUCAACAGCAUCAGCCUUUGCCAACACCUGGAAAAUGCAGUCUACCUGCCAAGACUCAGUAGAACUAUUAACAGAUCCAUGCAGCCUCAGUGUUGAGACUAAAACCUAUGCUGAUUUUUGGUGUGCUAAAUUAAAAGAUCCAAAUUCUCCUUUUGGAAAUUGCCAUUCUGCAGUAGCCCCAGAUGAAUAUUAUAAGAGGUGUGAGUACGAUACCUGCAGCUGUAGUCGUAGUGAUAUCUGCAUGUGUGCCGCACUGUCCUCAUAUGCCAGAGCCUGUGCUGCAAAAGGAAUCAUCUUGUGGGGCUGGAGGAAUGGAACCUGUGAAAAUGACUUGCCCAGCUGCCCAGCCUCACAGACAUACUUGUAUAACAUCACUACUUGCCAGCCUACUUGCCGCUCCCUGGCACUUGGAGAAAGAGACUGUUACAGUGAAUUCACCCCAAUUGAUGGCUGUGGAUGCCCAGACGGAAUGUAUCUCAACGAAAGACAGAAAUGUGUUUCAUUAUCAGAUUGCUCCUGCUACUUCCAAGGAAUGUAUCUUAGACCAUAUGAGGUUAUCUACAGAAGAGAUGAGCGCUGUUCCUGUAAUGACGGAAAACUUCUCUGCACUAGUUUUUCCAAUGACACUUGUCCCAAUGGAAAAGUCUUCUUUGACUGCAGCUCAGUACUGCAGGGAGAUGCCAUUCCACAGUAUAGGAGCUGUCGUACUCUAAAUAUUGGACCUGUACUACUAGAAUGUAUCUCAGGCUGUGUGUGCCCAGACGGACUGCUUGAUGAUGGGAAUGGUGGCUGCGUUGAAGAGCGUUUCUGCCCUUGCACAUAUAAUAAUGAAGCUUAUCCUCAUGGAUCUAGCCUCACUGAAGAAUGCAAAUCCUGCACAUGUGUGAGUGGAAUUUGGUCAUGCAUACAAACACCUUGUUAUGGAACAUGUAACAUCUACGGAAGCGGUCAUUAUAUUACUUUUGACAAGAAAUUCUAUGACUUUGAUGGAAGUUGUGAAUUUGUUGUUGCUCAGGAUUAUUGUGGGGAUGUAAAUGGCACCUUUAGAAUAAUUACAGAGAAUAUCCCAUGUGGUUCCACUGGAGUAACAUGUUCAAAGUCUAUCAAGAUAUACUUAGGGAGUACUGAACUGAAAUUGGCUAAUGAACACUUGGAGGAAAUUUUAGGAGAUCCUGCAAGGCAAGUUGCAUAUAGCACCCGUGAACUGGGCCUUUACCUAGUCAUUUCUGCAAGCAAUGAUGUUUACCUUAUCUGGGACAGGAAAACUUCCCUAUUAAUUAGGCUGUCAUCGUCAUACAAGGGCAAAACUUGUGGCCUGUGUGGCAAUUAUGAUGAUAAUGCUAACAAUGACUUCCUGACCAGCCACUCAAUACAAGCCAGCAAUGUAAUGGAGUUUGGAAAUAGCUGGAAGCUUAGUAAUACUUGUCCAGAUGCGCUAGAACUUCCCCAGCCAUGCUUUUCAGCACCCCACCGCAGAUCUUGGGCUGAGAAGAAAUGUGACAUUAUCAACAGCGAUGUUUUUCUAAGCUGCCACAGCAAGGUGGAUCCAAAACCCUAUUAUGAUGCUUGUGUAAAUGAUGUCUGCUCCUGUGACACUGGUGGGGACUGCGAGUGCUUCUGCACUGCUGUGGCUGCCUACUCUCAACUCUGCUCUAAAGCAGACCUUUGUAUUAACUGGAGAACACCAGAUAUUUGCCCAAUAUUCUGUGACUACUAUAACAUGAAUCAGAAAGAGAAUCAGUGUAUGUGGCACUACUUUCCCUGUGGUCCAGAGGGUAGAAGCAACCACCAGGUCACCCUGUACUGCCACUCACCCCCUGUCACACACCUGGAAGGCUGCUAUCCAGCUUGUCCACCUGAACGUCCCUAUUACAAUGAAUUGACUAAAACAUGUGUCAAACAUUGCCCAUGCAUUGUCAACAAGGUUGUUUACAGAUAUGGUCAGCGGAUACCUACCCAUGACCCCUGUAGGACAUGCGAAUGUGAUAUGCAGGGAAAAGAAACUUGUACUGAUAACCCAGAUUGCUGCCCUAUGGAUAAUACCACAACACCAUUUGUUUAUGUAUCAACAUCAGCAUAUACAGAUUUCACAGAUACUAGCUUGAUAACUGAUUUCACAGAUACUAGCUUAAUAACAGAUGUUACGGAUACUGACACAACACAAUAUGUCACAGAUAGUGACACAACACCAGAUGAUACAGUCUCAACAACAUAUCAUACUAAUGGCAAGGAUUCUACCACAACAACAUAUCAUACUAAUGGCAAGGUUACUACCACAACAACAAUUACUCACAGUGAUAGCAAGGAUACAACAACAACAACAUAUUACCCUAAUGGAAAGGUUACUACCACAACAACGACAACUCACUCUAAUGGCAAGGAUUCUACCACAACAACAUAUUACCCUAAUGGCAAGGUUACUACCACAACAACAACUCAACCUAAUGGCAAAGACUCUACCACAACCUCAACAACAUAUCACCAUAAUAGCAAGGAUACUACCACAGUGCCAUAUGACACAGAUAUAACAAAUACUCCUACAGAACCAAUAUAUUCCACAUACAGCAUCAAUACUGCCACAGGAUCAAUAUAUUCCACAGAUACAAUCAAUACUAACACAGCAUCAACAAAAUAUCCACCAAAUACCAUUGUUUCUACAUACAGUUCACCAGUACUCUGUGCUCAUAGGAAAUGUAUCAAUGGAAAAAUCAUUCAAACCACCACGCUUUGUUCGUACCCAACCACCACUCCCACAACAUCUGUUACCACUGGUCAGGAAAUAACAAGUAGUUCAGUUCUUGGAAUAUGCUACAGUAUUGUAUGUGACAUCAAUUGUAAUGAUGGGGCAAAUGCAAUUGAGGUACCUUGUGAAACAACACCACCAACUACUACAACUAAAACACCACCAACUACAACUAAAACACCACCAACUACAACAACAACCACACCACCAACUACUACAAAAACACCACCAACUACAACAACCACAACUAUAUCAUCGUCAACAACUACAAAGACACCAUCUACAACAACCACAACAACUACAACACCAACAUCUACAACAACCACAACAACUAAAACACCCACAACUACAAUACCAACUACAACAACCACAUCACGUACAACAUCGACAACUACAACAACAACUACAACAACUACAAAAACUACAACACCAACAACUACACCAACUACAACUAAAACAACUACAAAAACAACGACAACUCCAACAACUACAAAAACAACAACCAAAUCAACCACUAAUACAAUCAGUACAACUACUCCUUGUGUGCCCUAUACAAACUGGCAAAUUUGUAACUGCACCAAAGCUAUAUGCAAUGCAGCGGGUCAACUACAGAUUGUUCAAAAAGGUUGUGUACCUCCACCAGCAAUUACAUGUGCCAAUAAAAUGAAGCCACUCGCUGUGCCCGAUGAUGACUUAUGUUGCUGGCAUUGGGAGUGUCCAUGUAUGUGUGCUGGCUGGGGAGAUCCUCAUUACCUUACCUUUGAUGGAACCUAUUAUACUUAUAGUGGAAACUGUACCUAUGUUCUUGUGGAAGAAAUUGUGAAAACCAUUGAUAACUUUGGUGUUUACCUUGACAACUAUAACUGUGGAGAUACAACUGGUGUUACCUGCCCACGCAACCUUACCGUACUAUACGAAACUCAGGAAAUCACAAUUUCCCCCACAUCUUUUGCUCCUAUAACCUUAGAGACACGUGUAAAUGGACAACUUGUAUUGCUACCAUUUACAAAAUUUGGAGUGAACAUUUAUAAAGCUGGAGUAUUUUAUGUGGUUGAACUACCAGAUCUGAAGACCAAUGUCACUUAUAAUGGUGUGACCUUCACCAUCGAGAUGCCAUACAGAAAGUUUUACAACAACACACAUGGACAAUGUGGUACCUGUACUAACAACCAAGCUGAUGACUGCUUGUUAUCUAAUGGUACAGUCUCAACUAGCUGUGUAGCUAUGGCUGAUUCUUACACUAUAAAUGACCCAGCUAAACCUCAAUGCAAGAGCAACCUUACACCACCACUACCGGUUCCAGCUUCAUGCAGAUCUCCUCUCUGUGAUCUCAUCAUGGGACCGAUCUUCAAAGCAUGUCAUGCUGCCCAACCACCAGGGCCUUUCUACCAAGCCUGCCUUUACGACAGCUGCAAUGUGGCCAACUCAAACAUUGAAUGUACUAGUCUGCAACAUUAUGCCACAAUCUGUGGUGAUCAUGGCAUCUGCAUUCCAUGGAGGAGCCAGGCUCUGGAUUGUCCAAUCUCUUGUCCAUCUGACAGAGUGUAUAAUGCAUGUGGCCCAGCUCUCCCAGUAACCUGCAAAACUGCGCCAUCAGAUGCGGCAGCACUGAAAAAUGACAUACGUGUUAUGGAAGGAUGCUUCUGUCCAAGCGGCACCAUGCCAUUUAGUACGGGUAUCGAAAUCUGUGUAGGCACCUGUGGGUGUGUGGGACCAGACGACAUCCCCCGUGUGUAUGGUGAAACCUUUGAGUUUAACUGUGCCGUCUGCACCUGUUUGGAGGGUGGUCGUGGAAUAGUGUGCCAACAACAACAGUGCCUUGAUGUAGUCAAUGCAACUUGUACUCUGGAAGGUUUCUACUCAGUGACUCAACCAAGUGCUACAAACAAAUGUUGCACUGAAACUGUAUGCAGAUGUGACCCAAGUCUGUGCUCUAAUAACUUCCCUGUAUGUGGACCUGGAUAUGAAAUUGUUGGAGACGUUGAUGCAGGGCAUUGCUGUCCUACUUAUGUUUGUAAACAAAAGCAAGUCUGUGUUAGUGGAAAUGCUGAAUACAUGCCUGGAUCCCAGGUUUACACAGAAAACUGUGAGGACUGUGUCUGUACUGCAAAUCAAAAUAACAACUUGACAAUAAGUUGCAGCCCAGUUGUCUGCAAUGUUCAGUGUCCAACAGGUUUUGAGGUGAGGAAAAAUUCCCCAUCUGACUGCUGUGGUACCUGUCAGCAAACCAACUGUGUCCUGAAUUAUAAUGGCGCCUACCGGCUUAUGAAUCCCGGUGAUGUACUGCCUUCUGUGAAUGAUAGCUGCACGGUGUACAAAUGCUCAUUAAUCAAUAGUCAAUUCAUCACAACUAUUUCUCAAAUCGCUUGCCCCUCAUUAUAUGAAGAAGACUGUGAGCCUGGAAGCAUUGCGUUAUUACCCAACGGAUGCUGUAAAACAUGUAUCCAAAAGAACAGCUCCUGCAAUGUACAAGUAUUUGAUGAUUAUUUGAACUACCAAGGCUGCACAUCUCUACAGAGGAUCAGAAUGUCUCGUUGUGAAGGAUCCUGUGAUACCUAUUCCAUGUACUCUGCUGAUGCACAAUCUAUGUCCCAUAAGUGUUCUUGUUGUCAAGAGGUUAGCACUACCAAAAAUAUAAUCAAGCUGCAGUGCGCCGAUGGAAGUUUCAUUGACCAUGAAUACAUUGAUGUGAACGGGUGUCAGUGUACUGGCACUGCAUGUCCUGGAACUGUAUAGUCUUGUAAUUUAAACCUUUUCAAGGGGUAUCUUAAUUCAAUAGAAAAUGUAGUAUUGUAUAAUAAUCAUUUUACAUUCAAAUAAAAACUGAUCAUUUGUACGUCUUAUAUCCUUAAAUCUUGCAAAUAAAGCACUUUCUGAUAAAAUGCUAA